UGGUGGGGAGCCUUGGCAGACGCGACAGGAGGCGGCGUGGGCGCCUUGGCUGUGAUCGGGGGGCGCGCGGCGGAGGGGGGGGGGGGUGUACAGCGUCAUUUGGCCACAGGUACCGCGAUUGGGACAGCAGAUGCGAGCGAGCCCCGUCCUGGGCCUCCUGAGUGCGCCUCCCUUGUGGAACAGUGCGGCGACGGGCGGGGCUUCGCCCUGACUGCUUCGGUCCUUGCGCCGAUUCGUUGGAUAUAAAGCUGCUGAGUGCGGCCUUGUUUUGAGUGUGGCUUUACUAGUUGUUUGUGUUGCUCUUGUUUCGGCCUGGGUAUUGCUGGAGUCUCGUUGAGUCUAACAGCUAGGUCCUUCUCCGUCGGAAUUCUCGUCCAUGAUGUAGUAAGGCCUGGGAUGCUGCUUUUGUUAGGUGGCUUUUGUUGCUUGUGGUGCUUUUACUGCAGAAAAGUUUCUUGUCCCUGGGGAGUGUGGCUUUUAGUCAGUGGUACUGCUUAGUAGGUGUAUUUUUCAAUAUAAUAUCUUUUUCAUUAAGAGAAAAAUUGAUUAAGGGAAAAGAAACUGUGGAGAGUUUUUUUUUUUUUUUUUUUAAAGGCCAUUGAGACCUGAAUAUAAGAUCUUAAGUUGUUUUCUGUGUAACAUCUGGAAAGCUUAAGCAACUUUUAAUAGUUGCAAACUUGCCUGUGUUCCUGAAGCUGCUCUAUGUUGUACCCACAUAGAAGGUGCACCUUUAAGUUGAAGUCUUGGAUCCAUGUCCUGUUAUUUGAUGCUAGUGUCACAUUCUGCAAAAGGUUAAUUUGAUAGCUAAAAGUAUCUGAUUAGUCUUUUCUUUAAUUAUAUCUUGUUUUAUAGUAUCUGCUUUAGCAAGAGGUAAGAACCCAAAGUAUUUUAGAUAUUCCUAUUCCAUGCAUAAAACCAACUGAAUUUCCAUGUUAUUUGUAAAACGGUGUCUAUGAGAAGACAGUAGUGUCUGAUCCAUUGAUACAAGGAGCUAAUAUCUAUUUUUAAAGCACUGUUUAAUUGCUCACUUUCUUUUUUUAAAUAGAAGUAAAAGAAAGUUUCUAGAUAUAUCUAAUAUCUUUGGUCUUUUCAAAGUAUGUAUAUAUUGGGAAAGAAGGAGCAUAAAAGGAAAUACUUAUGUUAGCAAGGGUAAGUUUAUGGACUUCUGUUAAUGUUUGUCAGCAUAUUACAUCAUAUUAGAACUUGCAAUCAAAUGAAAAGAAGAUUUUUAGAUAAAUUAAGUAUAGUUGUGUCUUAAAACUGAUUUUGUGUUGGGAUGCUUCCAGGAAACACUCAUUUUUUAACUUGUUAUCCCUUAUAGUAAUUAGCUUAACUUGGCUAGUAGUUAAUUUGGUUAGAAAUCAUGAGAGGAUUCCUGAAAGUUUAGCUUUUGAGCUUUGCAACAAGCUUUCAGUGGUGGUAUUUGGAGCAAACACUGGUUUGAGCCCUGAACUGUGAGUGGUAGGGCAGUAUCUGGGUAGGACAAGAAUUGGGUACUAGCAUGUGAAAAGAGAGGAAAUAGGGGAAGAUCAUUAGAGAAGUGUAGUGGCAAGUGGGAGAAUAAGUAAAGUGGGAAAUGAGGUGACUAGGGAAAGUUCAUGUUGUUAAUCUUCUCUGAUUGCAAAACAUUUAUUUACUUUGAUUAAGAAAAAUUAAAAAUGUAUAUGUGGAACAACAGCAUUGGGCUUGUUUUUUUUUGUUUUAUUUUUUUGGUGGUGAUGUGGGGUUUUUUAUUUAAUGAAAAUAUAAAUACUGAAUUUAAGUUGCAAGCUUAAUGGUCCUUGUUCUUUGCCUGUGUUAAGGUAGGAACUGCUGUGCUUGUAGCUCUCUUCUUUAUCUGGAAGAUAGUGACCUGAGUGGGAUAACUGACAUCAGUGCCAAUGCCUUCAUGAUUUAUAAAUUUUGUGGAUGAGCACUAAAUACUUUAAAUCUUAUAAAUUAUCUUCUGACAUACUAUGAAAAAAUAGAUGAUUUUUAAAGUGGUAUUGUUGAUAAAAUCAAGCUACUUUUUUCCUCUGCUGUAAGAAAGUCCUUUAAUUCUUAAAUGUAUUCUACAUGAAAUAGUAUUACAAUAAUGUGAAAGCUGUACUGUUAGGAAGACAAGUGCUUUUCACUUAUAUCCUAAAAAAAACAACUGAAGCCUAACAUGAAAUAGUCUGUUAUGCUUUAAAAGUGUUCUAUAUGUUUGCCCACAGGAAAUGGAGACUGCAUGGGCUAAAUUGAUAGUGAACCUAGGGAGAAUUUGCAUGAAGUAUAAGCUCAACUGAGAUAUUCAGGAGAGGGUUAUUCUAACCAGGAUACCUGUACAACUACACUUUCUACAGUAUAAACCGUUUCUUGAAGCUGAGGACCUGCAAUACUUUCUCAUGUUUCUUUUUCAGGUUAACUUCAUGUGCAGAGAAGAUAUGUAUAGAAUAUGUGGAGGAAUGGAGUGGAGAUUGAUUUUCGAUAUUAGCCUUAAUUGUUUCUGAGUGAAGACAGUCCAAGCCCCAAGAGACAACGCCUUUCUCAUUCAGUCUUUGACUAUACAACAGCAUCACCAGCUGCAUCACCGCCAAUGCGACCAUGGGAGAUGACAUCAAAUAGGCAGCCUCCUUCAGCUCGGCCCAACCAGCAUCACUUCUUAGGGGAACGCUGCAGCACGCCUGUGCGAAGUAGGAGGAGUCCUCCUGUUCGCCGUCAGAGAGCAAGAAGGGAUCGUCUGUCUCGACAUAAUUCCAUUAGCCAAGAUGAAAACUAUCACCCUCUCUCCUAUGGACAGCAGCAAGCAAUAGAAGAGCCCCAAGGCUUUCAUCCUCCGAAUGUAUCCCCUUGUAUGUUGCACCCUGCUGCUCACCCACCACAGCAGAAUGCAGUAAUGGUUGACAUUCAUGAUCAGAUCCAUCAGGGUGCAGUCCCUGUCUCAUACACAGUAACAACAGUGGCACCGCAUGGAAUUCCACUCUGUACAAGCCAGCACAUACCAGCCUGCAGCACACAGCAGGUCCCAGGGUGUUCUGUGGUAUUCAGUGGACAACACCUUCCUAUCUGUAGCGUGCCUCCUCCCAUGCUUCAGGCGUGCUCAGUCCAACAUCUACCAGUACCAUAUGCAGCGUUCCCACCUCUGAUUUCUAAUGACCCAUUCCUUUUGCAUCCUCCUCACCUCUCUCCGCAUCACCCUCCUCACCUGCCACCUCCAGGGCAAUUUGUUCCCUUCCAAGCACAGCAGUCACGGUCGCCACUUCAAAGGAUAGAGAAUGAAGUAGAACUGCUUGGAGAACAUCUUCCUGUAGGAGGCUUUACCUACCCUCCAUCAGCUCAUCCACCAACAUUGCCUCCCUCAGCACCUCUCCAGUUCUUAACCCAUGAUCCUUUACACCAGGAGGUAUCAUUUGGAGUACCUUACCCACCUUUUAUGCCUCGAAGACUCACAGGGCGUAGUAGAUACCGAUCACAGCAACCAAUACCACCACACCCUUACCAUCCCAGCCUAUUACCAUAUGUGCUAUCAAUGCUUCCAGUGCCACCUGCAGUUGGACCAGCUUUCAGUUUUGAGUUGGACGUGGAAGAUGGAGAGGUAGAAAACUACGAGGCACUGCUGAAUUUGGCAGAACGUCUAGGAGAAGCCAAACCUCGAGGACUGACAAAGGCAGACAUAGAACAGCUUCCAUCUUACAGGUUCAAUCCAAACAACCACCAGUCAGAACAGACGUUGUGUGUAGUUUGUAUGUGUGACUUUGAGUCAAGGCAGCUACUUAGAGUCUUACCCUGUAACCACGAGUUUCAUGCCAAGUGUGUUGAUAAAUGGCUUAAGGCAAAUCGUACCUGCCCAAUUUGCAGAGCUGAUGCUUCAGAAGUGCAUCGUGAUUCAGAAUGACUAAUCUAAGAGCACAAAUCUGGUUUGGGUGUUCCUGGUCACGUGUAUAUAUGAACUAUCCAUUGAACUUACCCAUGUGGCUUCCAGCAUUCCCUUUACACAAAAGGGUCAAUGGACGUUUCUUUGCACUGUGUGACUUAAUCAAUUAUAAAGCUUAUAAUUAGUCUUCACAAUUGUGGGAUUGCUAUACUAACCGUGUGAUUGGAACUCCAAAGAUUUUUUUUAGCUUAAUUUUGUGCGCACUAAAAUUCCUGGGUUUUGUGUGAUCAUUCUGAGUGUUGCUGCAAGAUUACAGUGGAUGUGAUCUUUUAGCAUGUGCUUUUAUAAAAAGUGGUAGCUCCAAACAAUAUAGCAGUCUACCUUCUAUAGAGCCUUCUGAUACUGUGAGUGGGCAUGAAUGGUGCGAGUGUGUGCGUGUUUGUGAGAGGAUGUGUGAAGUGCGCUUGUGACUGGGUGUGCAUAUGUGUUUGAGAACCUGUAUACCAGCAUGUACUGAGAACGUAUGUGUGUAGUAUUAAUUAUGCUGCAAUGUAUAAUCUUGUAUUAUUUAAACAGUACUAGUACUGUACACUGGUUUCUUUCCUUAUGUUUGCAGUCGCACACUGAAUGCAAAGGGUGCUGCAAUUAUAGACAUUUAAUAUUUCCUCCCCAAUGUACUUAAUGGUGUAAAAAGAUCUUUUUACUUGCUAUUCAAACAGAUGUUAUGCUUCCUCUUUAUUGGAGGCUUUUAAGUGUACCUCUAAAGAGUAUGUUGAUUACUCAGUAUGUGACUAUCCUUGUUUUUUUAAACACGAUAGGAAAUCUAAAUUUCAGUAUGACAGGUUUACUACUUAUUUUAUCAAUAUAAAGUUGCAACAUUGCACAAAUCAAUUAACAAUAUUAACAUUUCCAAUUGGUGACUUUGAUGUUGAUGCUUUUCUGUUCUCCCUCUCAAUUCUUCUAGCUAGGUUUUAUUUACAUUCAGUUGAUUUCUGAUUAGAUUUGAGUUUUGGAGAUGCUGCAGUCAUGUGCUCCUCCCCCAAAAGGAACCUGAAAAGGCACUGAGGGUCUUGUGCAAAGGUUUUUCACUUGGGCCAUUAUACUUGCUAAGUAUAUACUCCUUUAGUAUGUAAACAUUGGCUUUAAUCACUUAUGUGCUUUGUUUACAAGAGAGUUUGUAUACAAUUAACUUGUAAGAGGUUAUGAUUUUAUUCUUGCAACUUCAUGAACAAAAUAGAAUUUCUAACAUUUUCUCAGAGAAGUAGAACUUCUGGGUUUUGUGCUGCAAAAAGGGUUGUUCUUGGUCAUUCACUGCUAUAAUACAGUUGUCCUAGGGUAUUGCUUCUUACCCUUCUGUGUUUUCUGAUAGGCUUGUCAUGAGAAAAUUUCCCUUGUUUCUUUUUCUGUCAAGUCUCCAGAGUGUUCCACUGUAGGAGAAGAGUAAAUUGGUACACCAUCCAGAAUAAAUAAUUCUGUGAAACGGGAGGUAACCUUCAUUUGACUGCCUUUCAAAUAAUAUUUUUAGUUGUGCAGUUGAAAAUAUUAACUUCUUUAACACUUCAGACUGUUAACAAUUUUAAGAUGUUUCAGUGAAAUAUUUAGGUCUAAACAUACCACAGUUAAUCAAGGGAUACAAUUUUUGGAAUCAAAAUGUUUUCUCCUAAAUUUAGUAUCAUUACCCUGGUUACAAUAGCACAAGUGGCACAACUGCCAACAUUGCUGUAACUUGCUGCCAGUUUGAGCUUUAAGUUUGUUCUUCGUCAUUUCUGAUGCUUUUAUAUGCUGCUAUGCUUGAGUAUCAGUUUUAUUUUCAGACUGUGUUAUGUUUUCUAUGCUGCUUGCCCUUCUUUGAAGGUUCUACAGACCAAUUACAACUUGUGGUUUUGCCUGUUUCAGAUGCUCUUGUCUUUUAGUUACACAAAUAGUACUCAAAAUUUUAGUCUGUCCAUACCUGUCAAUAAUUAAGAACACUAAAUAAAAAUAUACCAUUAUAUCAACUUCAAAAGAUUAUAAUUUCCCUUCUCCCCAAGGAGCUAAAGAAUGGACUCCUCACAAUAACAUCAAAAAAGUUAGAUCGCAUACAAUAAACUAUUUUUUAACAAAUGAAAUAAUGUGGUUAUUUUAAAAAGUGUGUAUGCUGCGUAUGUCUUAAUACUUAGGGUCUUUAAUAUAUCUGCAAAAAAAAAAAAAAAAGACUAACUACCUGUACAGAUUUAACCCUAACAAAUACUGCUACACUCAGUAUUCACUUUGUUUGAAGCAUGGAAGGAAGGCACUUGUUCUAAGCUAGAUAUAAAUGCAUAAUGAACAAGGCACAUUUUACGAAGACCAAGGGGAAAGUAGUCUUCUUUCUGGAAUUGGAGAAAUCUUAAUGUGUACUGGCCCUUUUUUUCCCAGUAAAACUGAGGCAGCUGGAAAUUUAGGAGAUGGAGGAUCUAAUUUGGUAAAAUACUGAAUUUAAUUGUUGCACUUCUGUGGCUGAUCUCUUCUGGAAUGUUUCUUCUGUUUGUAUGGGACUCUUGCAGAUGUGUGCAGACUUGCUUCCUGUGGUUAAUGUGUAUAAACAGCACACACGCAUGCUUUCUGAAUCAGAUCAGACCAGCUACAACCAAGUCUUUUCUGUUGUGGCUGUCAAAAGAGAAGGGGAAGGGGAUUCAUGCUCAGCUAUUAACUGCCAUGUGUUAUGCACAUUUGUAUCUAAUGCCACAGCCUGCUGUGGUGUCUGGCAGCAUCAGAAUCCAGCAAGACAUGUUCAUUACCUUCCUGACAUACUCACCCAACACACGGGGAGGGAAAAAAGAUGUUAUUGAUUUAACAUUGGCACUCCUUUGUUUUUUUUAGCAUGAGUCCUAAACAUAAAUUUGACUUAAUAGAUAUCAAGGCCUACAGAGAUCUCCAAGGUCUCAUUUUAUGGUUUUCUUUACAGAAAUCUUAUCGUGCAAAGUAAAUCUUUUUGUUGUAUGUGACUUCUGUACAGGUUAACAGCUGAGAAAUAUUUGGAAUGGGAUUUACCAACCUCUUUAUGUUGCUUUUGGAAAACACAUUUUUGACCAAGUUAUCUUUAGACUUUUAUAAAUGAGCUAUGUGGGUUUUGGUUUUUUUUCCUUCCCUUUGGUACAUUGUUACCUCAUCUUGCUAUUUGUUUGGUUUGUUAAUGAUUAUCAAACAUUUUCUUAAAAAUCACACUCUAUUGUGCCAUUUAAUGUUUUAAAUGUAUUAUAAAUAUCUGUAAUUAAAUCAUUUGCAAGCUUGAUAAUUUUUUAAAAAAACUUGUACUUUUUUAUGAGUUACUACUAAUGCUUUACUAAGUAGUGCAAUGAAUUUUUAUUUUUAAUCUCUGUGCCCAAUUUUGGAGAGAGUUGUUCAAUAAUAAAUGUAUGAUGUAUACUUGCA